AUGCAUGUUCCUCUAUCCAUUCAUACCACAUCCUAUUCCAUGGCCGCCUGGGACAUCACCACAGCCGACGAGGCCUGGUUGAUCGAACUCUGCCAUAAAUCAGCAGACGAGGGACGCCAGAUUGGCGGACAGGAGCAUGGCGGCCCAAAGGUGGUCCGGAUAUCUGAUCGCAUCGUGGCGAAAUACGGCAAUAUCCGACGCUCUGAACUCGCAGCACAGGAGGUUGCCUAUCACAAUACUGAUCGAAGCAUUGUCCACAUCCCAAAAGUGCACCGCUUCUUCGAAUCCGACGGUCAAAGUUACCUCUUCAUGGAGUAUGUGGAAGGCCAAACUCUGGAAGACGUCGAUUUUGAAACCCACAAGGACAUACCGAUCCGAGUUGCCAAUAUCCUUGCACAUUUGCAGCAGAUACUAGGAGACUGCGACUCCCCAGGGCCGGUCACUGGCGGGGAAGCUCAUGGCUAUAUCUUCGGCGAUGAAGGUGCAGGAACAGCCUUUGAUUCCAUUGAGGAUAUGAACGUGUAUAUGAACAAACGAUUGGACAAAAUGAACGAGUAUUUGAGCAGACAAGAAGACCAGCGUCGGUUCGAUCAUCUCGACUUGACCCCGUACGCGUUGGUAUUAUGCCACGGGGAUAUUUGUCGGAGAAACAUCAUCUUUGAGUCCGACGGGUCUCUUUGUCUUGUUGACUGGGGCUUUGCAGGGUUUUAUCCGCGCAUCUUCGAACUCGCAGCCAUUUCAUAUGUAGUCCAAAACAACGCUGCAUUCAAGGACCCGAUCAUCCACGAAUUCACGAAACUCUUGAGUCUGACCGAUAAAGAGAAACAAGAUAUCGACCGUUUUCGUGCCGUUCGCUUCGCAAAUCUUAGAUGGUCAUUUCGUGACCGUCGAACGACAGCUGAAGAGGAUAAAUUCAUCCAGGAACUUUACGAGACCCAAAAGAGGAUCAAAGAAGAGCAAGAAACGGCGGGCAUCCAAAGCUUUAUCAUUUCAGAGUUACUUGAUGGACUUCUUGAGCAGAAGUCGCGUCCAGAUUUGGAGGUCCGACAUGUUCCACGACCGUGGACUGGUUCCCAGACAGCCAUUGGCCAUGUGAAGAGGGUUGUUGUGGUGGGCUUGGAUGUCAAUGUCGCGUCGUUCAUUUUGGCCAUGAAGAUAUUAUCGUCUCGGCGUAUAUUCGUGAUCCGCACAACCCAGGGCAGCCCUAAGUAA